AUGCCUAAGUUUUAUUGUGACUACUGCAACACAUACCUCACCCAUGACUCUCCAUCUGUGAGAAAGACACACUGCAGUGGUAGGAAACACAAAGAGAAUGUGAAAGACUACUAUCAGAAAUGGAUGGAAGAGCAAGCCCAGAGCCUGAUCGACAAAACAACUGCUGCAUUUCAGCAAGGAAAGAUUCCUCCUACUCCAUUCUCUGCUCCUCCUCCUGCAGGGGUGAUGAUUCCAUCUCCCCCUAGUCUCCCGGGUCCUCCUCGCCCUGGUAUGAUGCCAGCAUCCCAUAUGGGGGGCCCUCCCAUGAUGCCAAUGAUGGGCCCUCCUCCUCCUGGGAUGAUGCCAGUGGGACCUGCUCCUGGAAUGAGGCUGCCUAUGGGAGGCCACAUGCCAAUGAUGCCUGGGCCCCCAAUGAUGAGACCUCCCACCCGUCCCAUGAUGGUACCCACUCGGCCAGGAAUGACUCGACCAGACAGAUAAGGAGAGACAGGAACCUCUUUAUAUCCAUUUUAUAUUACUUGU